CAAAGUGAUUCAUGAUCGAAAUCCGAAGUCGCUUAGUCAUCGAUGGCACAACAUUCAAGAGGCCAUCAACAAGUAUUGCAGCACAUGCAGACAAGUGCAAAACCGGUUUCCAAGUGGCGAGUCACUCUUCGACCUUUACGGAGAACAAACACUUCAUCUAUAUGUAUUGUUGGAUGAUGUAGAAUGGGCAAAGCAAGUGGCUGUCCUUGAUUGCCAAUUCCGUCAAGACUGCCAUGGUCAAUGAAGAUGAAGGUGGUGAUCCAAUUGUCCCAACACAAGAAGGGAUUUUUUUUUCAUGCAAGAAGAUGAUUAGGAGCCGGGGGAGGAAGUGGGAGGAAGAGUAGGAAAGGGCCGUGGCCAAGACGAGAAAUGUCCGUAGACAUCAUUACGAAGGAGGAGGCAAGUGUCACGUCCAAUCACGUGAAGGAGGGAAAGAAGGCACACAGGUUUGGUAUCUUCGCGAAGAUGCCAGAGACUAAGGUCACUUCGAAAGACACCAAAAUGUUGUUUGAAGUCUUCUUGAUUCGUAGGGCCAAGGAAUCUAAUAAGGCUUUUUGUUCGACCUUCUUGAUCUCUAUAGCUUAACCUCUGUUCUUAAUGAACUCUACUCUUCCUUACCUAUUCCCUCUUUCCAAAGUGGUGGUCCAUGUAAAUAUGAACAAUAAAUUUUGACUUUGUUUAAUCACAGUAGGAGCCUCUCAUGAUGUUCCCAGUUAAAAACAUGUCGAACGUGGAUCCUGAUGCGAUGAAGAUCACUGAAGAUGAAGGUGGUGAUCUAAUGAUUCCAACACAUAAGCCCCCGGCCGGAUCUCCGGCUCGUACCGACCUCGAGCGGUCUUCAUCUUCGGAAUCCGGCAGGUAGCCUUCUUCGAGAGAAGGGGGUGUGCCUAUUGCGCCGGUGACCUCUGUCCAACCAGAGGCACCGGACACUCUACAGGAAGCGCUACGAAGUGCUUCCAUUGUCGAGGAACACCGUACCCUCAUGGGUACGGUGGUUGAGAGGGUGCAGUCCGUUAAGAACGGACUGACAGAAGCCUGCACCAGCCUUCUAACAGGCUUUGAGGUAAGCAACGCAAUUAUGUAAAAAGAAUAUCACAGUCUAGACAGUAGCCCCUGGGACUCUGUUCGGUGUUCGGAAAGAAAAAGCCGGACAGAGGAUCAAAUAAUUUUCGCAGGAAACUAGCAAUACAUGUCUAUGUUGAAAAAGCAGGCGUUGCUGCUGGCGGCGACCUCCCAUGCUGCCGAAGUCUCCAGACUAAAGCAGAGUCUGGCGCGGGCCCAGGAAGAGCUCGGCCGUGUGAGAAAGCAGCUGGAGGACAAACAAGGAGCUGCGACAGAGGUGGAGACCCUCAAGGCCGCGCUAGCCGAAGCCGAGAAGAGAGCGGCGGAUGAACAGUCCGUCCGUGAAAAGCACGAGGCCAGGGUUGGUGAGGUCCAACAAGAGCUCCAGGACGCUGUAAAGAAAUGCGAGUCCUUGGAGCGCAAGAUUGCGGAUCAAGCGCGCAAGAUGCCCGGGUUGAAGCCCAGGGCGCCCCCCAGGAAAUCCAAGAGGCCAAGAAAAUUACGACGGGAGCAUUUGUGGAUCUGCCGUGCAGCAUUGCUGAUGCUGCGGAAUUAUUCCGUGCCGAAGAGGGGAGCUCAACGGAGAAGCUGUUUUGGUCGCAAUACCUUGCGCCAGAACAUCCGAUGCCCUUUAGCGAUCAGUUGAAACAGUUGGUCGAACUGCAUAGGGUGGCCGA